CCUCUCUCCUCUCUGCCAUGCCGGAUCUCUCUCUCUCUCUCGAUCUAUCCCGUUCCUCGCUCUAGAGAAGACGAGAGACACCACCGGUCUCCUCUCUCCUCUCUGCCAUGCCGGAUCUCUCUCUCUCACAUGCCUCGCUCUAGAGAAGGCGAGAGCCACCACCGGUCUCCUCUCUCCUCUCUGCCAUGCCGGAUCUCUCUCUAUCUCUCUCCCGUGCCUGGCUCUGUCACGAAAGUUGGAGGAGGCAGAGAAGCUUGAUGGAGGAGGACGGAGAAUUCACGAGGUGGAGGAAGCGAGGUGGAGGAAGCUGGACGAACAGACAGCGGAAGAGGAGAGAUGAAAAGGCGGAGGAGGAGGCAUGACGCUCAAGUUUGCCAGCGGUGGAGAGAUCAACAAGAAGACGGCGGCCUCUAGAUUAGGUUUAGUGUUGUAUUUUUUUUUUUUUUAAUGGUAUAAACCGGUUCAAAUAUUUUGUAAACAUGUUUUAAUAUAUACAUUCUAUGUUUAUCUAUAUUCUACAGUGAUGAGAGGACAAGAUCUUUGUAGAAGCAGUUUUGAGUGAUGAGGUCUGACACGGAGGCCAAGCCGUGGACGUUAAUGGCAGCGUAGAAGCUGGAGAGAGCUUCAGAGUUCAGACACAGAUGUGGGAGCUGUUCGGGACGCAAUGUCGAUGGCUGUCUCCCACCACGCAGCUGCUUUUACAGACGGACUACAGGAUGUGAACUAUUGCCACCGAGUAAUGGUUGUUGGUUUCAAACUAUUGCCAGAAAGGUGAGUGAGAAGUUUCAUCUCAUUGGUUACAUAUAUUCUGCAAAUAUAUCUUUUUAUUCCUCCACUGCAAGGUAUAUCUUUUUAUUCAUCCAAGUAUGCAUCUUUAUGGAGUUUUGUAGCUUGUGAUUAAGUGUUUAGUGUAGGAGUUUAAGUCUGGAGUUUAAGUCUGAACGUUCUUUAAGAUUUGAAUAGUUUUCAUUUUUGAAGGAUUUGGUAAAGAUCCCAACUUUUUAACGUUAACAUGUGUGGAUUCACAGGUUUAUUCUUUGGACUGGACACCUGAGAUGAACCAGAUUGUCAGUGCAUCUCAACAAGACACACUCAGUUAGAAGAGAAAAGUGAUGGAAAAGGGAAAGACACAACCAAAGGGCCAAUUGAUAAAGUGCUGAAAAUGCAAUCGUUUAGAUCUUGAAAAGGUCAGACUUUAAUAAUAUGAUUAGUUAAAUUCUAUUUUUAUAUACUAAUAUAUAUCUAAAUGGGUAUAUCACUCUGCCCACCUGCACCAAACCAAACUCACACGCUCACAGGUUUAUGUAUAAUAUAGAUACUGAAAAUGUGGGAGAUUGGCACAUUUCUCCAUUAGAGUUACUCCACAGUGGUCCUUUGCUUGAUUUUGAUCUUCUUCCAGGCUGUUGUUCUUCAAUGGCUGCCUUGAGUUUACCGUCUCUACCAAAUGUCCUUAUCUCAGACACUUGUGGAGAAGCUUAUGGUCUCUGUGAGUAACCAACUUGAACCGUAGAUCUACAUAGAUAGUUUGUUGUUUGUCUCAUAUUUUGUUCAUCAAUUUUCAGGUCAAAGCUCCAGAGCCUUUUCAACCAGAUAUCUUUCCAUACUUCACAGGCCAGGAAUCUAAAACAGAGACGCACAUAGCUACGAAAUGUUGUCUCUGAGACCCCGCAAAUGUUUGAGACAAACGACUGUUGUUAGUUUAUUUCACUAUGUAUCUCUACAGACUCAGCUUUGUAUUGACAAGCUUUUUCAUGAGAAGAACAAUAUGCAUUUACAAAACAGCUUCCUUAUUGUUUUCAUAUUGUUAGAAACAUUGAAUACGUUCCUGCAAUUCUUCUGUGAUUUUUUCUUCAUGGGUUUACAUUCCCCUGUCACUAGAAACAUUCAAAAGUACACAUAAAGAUAUUGGUUUAAUGUUUGUGCGUUUGUGUGUGUUUUGACGUGUUUUUGACUACGUCCCGCAUAUAUUAUAACGAGAAAUCUAUAGCAUAAAAAUUUACAGGAAAAUAUAACAAACCUACAAACACAAUGUAUUUUACCUAUAAGUGGCUCCGCUCACCCAUGGGUCUUCUUCGUUAGGGCUGCCACAAGCCCUCAUAAGAACUUAGCAUAUUUCAAAAAAGGGUCACAAUAAAUAGACAAUAACACAAACUCUCAAUUAUGAGCUACUCAGCUGUUACCUCACCCACCCCUCUACAAACAACUAAGUGGGAGUUAUUAAGUCUACAAUAAUAUGUCAUCCAAACAAGAUCACUAAGAGAUACCACCACUGCUAUUACUUUAUAAGAGAACUAGAUUUUGAUCCGCUUUCUAAAAGCGCCGAUAACUUUUUACUAUUCUAAUAAAAUUCGAUUGAGUUUAUAACUUUUAUUUUAAAAUAAUAAUUUUCAAGUUUUUCUAUUUGAAUUUUAAAAAAAUUGUUCUAUUAUACUAUUUGAUUUUCUUAUCCGAAAGACCCGUGAAUCGAUAGAUCCAGUGACCUGUGUAUAAUCCGGUUCAAAUUUAGUAAAAAUAAUUUUAAUUAAAAAUUCUAGAAAACCAGUAAAAAUCUAAAAAUAUGUACGAUCUGAUAUCAUUAUUAUGUAAAAACAAUAUAAUAAUUUUUUUUUCAAAAUAAAAUUAUUUAUAUAUUCAUGUUCGAUCGUUAAAUAAUACUAUGCAUGAAAAAAAAAUAUUUAAAUUUAAUGGAGUGUAUAGUAUAGUUUGCAUAAAAAUUAGAAUUAUUAUAAUUCACAAAAUAUGGAAAGUAUUAAUUACCAUAAAUAUAGGGAAUGUUCAUAUUAUUAAUUUAAAUAAGUAAUAUAUGUGAGAUUUAUAUCUCCUACGAAUUAAAAAAUUACAUCGCUCUUUUACGAUAAAAAUAAUACUCCAAGCAGCGAAAAAGCAUCUUCUUUGGAGAUUUAUAUCUCCUACGAACUAAAUUUUCUAUGUCAUCUUUUUCCAAAAUUUUAAUUUCAUUAUGUCAUACAUGUGAACUUUCCCAUAAACAAAAACAAACACAUGCAUUUACAUGUUUUUUUGGAACAUCAAUUUUACUUUAUGUUUUAAGUUCAACUAUAUUUAUUUUGGUGCAGUUAUCAGCUAUUUAUUCUAUUUUUAUUGAAUCGAUCAGUGAAACCACUUAUACUAUUCAUUUUUGACAUAAACAACUUCAAAAUAAAGUAAUAAACUACUAUCUCUAACCACUAUCAAAUGAAUAGAUAAAAAAAUUGAAUUCAUUUGAAAAUUAGUAGAGAAUAAAACAUAUGAACCCGGCGCGUAGCGCCGGAAUACCACUAGUAGUCUAAUAAUACAGCGUAUUUAGAUCAAAAUCAGAUAAGAUUUUGACUUUGUAAGAUACGCUUACGGCUUAUAAAUAGAAACUCUGUUCUCAUAGCUUUUCAAUUCAUACUAAAAAGGUUUCCAUUAAAAGAAAGCUUUCCAAAAAUGUCAUCACUUCUUUGUAUCUUCCUCCUCGUAGCGGUCUUCAUCAGCCACCGUGGAGCCACCACCGAAGCCGUGGUUGAACUAGUAACCGACAUCUACGGUCAACGUCUCAGAACAGGCACCAAGUACUACAUCUUGCCUGUAGUUCGCGGCCGCGGCGGCGGACUAACCAUGUCCAAAGCCGAAAACAAAACCUGUCCUAAAAGUGUUAUCCAAGAACGGUUUGAAGUCUCAAACGGCAUGCCGUUGACAUUCUCACCGUCAGACAAAUCAAAAGUGAUCCGUGUCUCAACUGAUCUGAACUUCAAAUUCUCAGCUACUUCGGUCUGGAACUUAGACAAUGUCGACGAGAAGACGAAUCAAUGGUUCAUUGGAACUUGUGGCGUUGAAGGGAAUCCAGGCAGGACAACUGUUGGUAACUGGUUCAAGAUAGACAAGUACGAAGAUCACUACAAGAUCGUGUUUUGUCCUUCUGUAUGCGAUAUCUGCAGAGUCAUGUGUAGAGACGUUGGCGUGUUUGUGCAAGAUGGGAUUAGAAGACUUGUGUUAAGUGAUGUUCCACUAAAAGUUAUGUUCAAAAGAGCGUAGAUCACAAACAAAUCCACAAUAUGUACAAUGUUUUUACACAACCUUCAAUAAUAAUUAAACAAUGAACUUGUUUUUUCAA